AUGUGGGCUGACCUGAUCUGGAGGGCGGCUGCUUGUCCACCGCUGGACCGAGCAGUGAUGCUGAAAGCAGCAAGACCAGCUUACGGAUUCCCAUGCGAUUCCCAUAUCACUUGCAAACUGAAACUGCAAAUUGAGCUGAUGGGACUCCAUGGUGGGGCAACAGCCGCCUUGGCCUUGUUGCUUUCAGCAUCACUCCUAACUGUUUCUUGGAGCAUCCCUCAGGGUCACUUCCAAAGAAGAAACUGGACUCCUCAAGCGAUGCUCUAUUUAAAGGGUGCACAGGGUCGUCGGUUCGUCUCAGAGGAGAGUCAGAGGAAGGAUCUCUUUGACAGGUUGCAGCUGGAAACACGCAGCCAAAAUAUGAACCCCUUGACCCUUUCUGAAGCUGCAGCAUUGUUUCUUUCCUCCCUGAGAAAAGCACAAGAUGAAGCAGAUGAAGAAGAAGCUAACGAGAAACCUGGAUAUGUUGCUGAUGGCCUGUUAAACUGGUGA